CUCACCAUGCUGUUGUGGGUGCCACAGGCACUGCUGGCCUUGCUUCUGCCCACGCUUCUGGCACAGGGAGAAGCCAGGCACUGGAGGCGCCUCCAGGCCCAGAACACCUCCAGGCCAGCUCUGCUGAGGCUGUCAGAUCACCUUAUGGCCAACUACGAGAAGGGCGUGCGGCCCGUGCGGGACUGGAGGAAGCCCACCACCGUGGCCAUCGACGUCAUUAUCUAUGCCAUCCUCAGCGUGGAUGAGAAGAACCAGGUUCUGACCACCUACAUCUGGUACCGGCAGUACUGGACUGACGAGUUUCUCCAGUGGAACCCCGAGGACUUUGACAACAUCACCAAGCUGUCCAUCCCCACCGACAACAUCUGGGUCCCAGACAUUCUCAUCAAUGAGUUUGUGGACGUGGGGAAGUCUCCAAGUAUCCCGUACGUGUACGUUGGGCAUCACGGCGAGGUCCAGAACUACAAGCCCCUUCAGGUGAUGACCGCCUGUAGCCUCGACAUCUACAACUUCCCCUUCGACGUGCAGAACUGCUCCCUGACCUUCACCAGCUGGUUGCACACCAUCCAGGACAUCAACAUCUCCCUGUGGCGUCUGCCGGAAAAGGUGAAGCUCGACAAGACCGUCUUCAUGAACCAGGGCGAGUGGGAGCUUCUGGGGGUGCUGACCCAGUUCCGGGAGUUCAGUAUGGAGGACAGCAGCCAUUACGCAGAAAUGAAGUUCUACGUGGUCAUCCGCCGGCGACCCCUGUUCUAUGCGGUCAGCCUGCUGCUGCCCAGUAUCUUCCUCAUGCUCAUGGACAUCGUGGGCUUCUACCUGCCUCCAGACAGCGGUGAGAGGGUCUCCUUCAAGAUCACGCUCCUCCUGGGCUACUCCGUCUUCCUCAUCAUCGUGUCGGACACGCUGCCGGCCACAGCCAUUGGCACUCCCCUCAUUGGAGUCUACUUCAUCGUGUGCAUGGCAUUGCUGGUGAUGAGCCUGGCUGAGACCAUCUUCAUUGUGCGGCUGGUGCACAAGCAGGACUUGCAGCAGCCCGUGCCCGCCUGGCUACGGCACCUGGUUCUGGAGCGGGUGGCGCUUCUCCUUUGCCUAGGGGAGCAGCCGGCUUCUCGAAGGCCCCUAGCCACCUCCCCAGCCACCAAGACUGAUGACUGCACAGACGGAAACCACUGCAGCCAUUUGGGAGACCCCUGGGACUUGGAGAAGACCCCAAGGGGCCGAGACAGCCCCCCGCCACCACCGCGGGAGGCCUCGCUGGCAGUUCAAGGGCUGCUGCAGGAGCUGGCCUCCAUCAGGCGCUUCCUGGAGAAGAGGGACGAGAGCCGAGAGGUGGCCCGGGAGUGGCUGCGCGUGGGCUCCGUGCUGGACAGGCUGCUGUUCCGCGUCUACCUGGUGGCGGUGCUGGCCUACAGCAUCACCCUCAUCACUCUGUGGUCCGUGUGGCAGUAUUCUUGAGU